GGAUGAUUGUCUGCAGUAGACAGGUUAUUUUUGUUGUGAGUAGUAGCGGAAGUAGUAGUUGUAGGAUUAGUUGAUUGAGAUGGAUGAGGGACAUGUUCGAGGUGUUCCCAUGUGACGGUGUUGUUUUCGUCGGCGCUGGUGGAGAAUGAGCGGGGAGGGUGGUGUGAUGGGCAUGAAGAUGAUGCUGGUGAUGUUGGUGGCAUUGUUGAUGACGGUGGUGGAUGAACCAGUAACUAGUGGGUUUGAUAGGGGGCAAGUUGUAGUAGUGGUAGAGAGAGAGUGGUUCGAUAGCGGUAGGUUUAGAGUGAGAGGGAGAGGGAGUGAGUAUACUAUGAACUGCAACGAAGAUAUCACCUAGGGUAGAGUGAGUUCAAUAUACCUCAACUCUUCCUCCCGUAGAAAAAACCAAGGUAACUCUCUCCCUCUAUCACCAUUCACUACUCCCAUCCGAAACAGGAAGGAACAAACACCCCCCCCCCACUACCAUACCUCAUCCAUUCAUAUAGAGAUACUAUUAUUUCCUCUCAAACCUCCACAAC